UAUCAUUUACGAUCAAGUAAACCAAUUAAAUUCUAUAUUUAGAGUUAUGGAUAUUUUAGUUUUAAUAUGUUAAAGCACAUUUUGAAAGACAGCUCGGUUGUCGUGGUUAGUCGGGUGUUACUGACGUCACACUUUUGACAUUGUGGUAUGGAACGUGAAAGAAAGGUGAAUUUUCACUCGUUGUAGUUAUGGCUCUUCUUAAUGUAUCAAGACGCCUUGCUGGGCUCCUGGUUGAGACAUCGUCAGAAAUGCACCACAGAACCUUUAGCAUAUCUCCUGUCACAGCAGCCAUUCAGAAAAUGACAAGAGUGCGUGUUGUGGAUAACAGUUCUCUUGGAAACACACCAUAUCACCGUCCACCAAGAGUGAUCCAUGUGUACACAAAGAAUGGCGUCGGGAAAGUUGGUGAUCGAGUUUUGCUGGCCAUCAAAGGACAGAAGAAGAAAGCAUUAAUUGUUGGACACAAAAUGCCCGGAGAACGUAUGACUCCACGUUUUGAUUCAAACAAUGUUGUGCUGAUUGAAGACAACGGGAACCCUACAGGAACAAGGAUUAAAGUCCCAAUACCUACACAGCUACGUAAAAUGGAGGGGGACUUCUCUAAAGUGUUGGCAAUUGCUAAUACGUUUGUUUAAUAAUUGCAUUGUUCUCAUGUCUUUACAUGUUCAUCGUGAAGGGUUAACGUUUGCUAUAAAAUUAAAAAGUCUAUGAAGCUAUC